GAUCGUGGUGGCUAUCCCUCCCCUCCUCCUCUUCUCUCUCCAUCCUCGGCGACCUAUUUACGGUCGCACCUUGAUUCCGUGGCCUGGCGUUGUGCCCAGCCCACUUGCGUCGCCCCUGUUUCCCCCCCUCAUCCCACUGGCCUAGGGAAAAGACGUGGCCGCCUGCCAAUGCAUGAAUAGUCGUCCUCAACAGCAUCCAUUCGUUGUUCAUCAGACUACUACUUCUUCUCGCAGCGAUACCAGCGCCUCCUAUCCCUCUCAGAACGCCGACUCUCUUGGACGUUCGCCCGUCGCAGACGACACCCCGCCAAGCACCUUCUCGUACGACUCUUCGCACUUGAAGCCAGGCGGACGACCAGAGCAGCCUAAGCGCAUCAACUCGUCCACUUACGAUACCCUCGUUCGUCGAUUCGGAUUCAAGACUCCUCCCGCCAGCGUUCGAGGCGAUCGCAGCGAAUCUUCCCAAGACGCAAGCUACCAGCCAAGCGCGCAGGUCCCGCCAGACCUACCACCAAAGUCCGACCAGCGCAAGGCGACAUCGGCUGCCCCUAAGUCUGGUGAUAAUCGAGCUACCCGGUCGAUCCGCAAGUUCUUUCAGAGCAAAUCUUCACGCGAGCGACAGGAGCUCGAGGCAGAUCGUCAGAGACGUCGACGCAGCUUCGUUGAGCUAGACGUUGAAGAGCCACCCGAUCCUGCAACUGGUCAGGCUGCCGCAGAGCACGAGCAUCCUCGCAAUCGUGGUGUGCCUCGCAGCUUGAGAAGCAUCUCGUCGCACGCCUCGUCGUACAGCGAGCAUCCUAGCAUCUGGCGUAGGACAUUCUCGACCAACCAAGCAGGCAACGAGCGAGACCGACCAGCAGACACGUCGAUCCCCCCAAGUGAUCAGCGAGACGACUCCAGAUCCAUCGCUUCUGGUCCGUCGUCGACUUCGGUUGAGCCACCCUCUUCCCAACGUCCUCCCUUCUCAAGCUCUGGAUCUGCUUCACCAGCGGAUAGCAGGCAGCCCAGCAACAACAGCAGCAAUCCUGCGCUGCGUCCGACCGCAUCGACAGACAGCUUCCGCAGCACAUCCAGUAGCGGCUUGAGCAGUGGGCCAGACUACUUCUCGCAAGGCAAUAAUUCCUCAUCUCCUCGCCGGGUACGCAAGGUCACCGGCGAGCCACCUGCAUUGCCCACCGUCAUCGCCUCACCGCCGGAGCCAGGUCCACCACCCUCUGUACAAAGUACCCUCACCGACGCCUCAGACGCAGACCGUACGCCAACAAUCAACGACCCCCGCAUGGAGACGAGCACAAGCAAGUGGAGGAUGCCCUUCGGCCGCAAGACCUCUGGCAAAAGGCCUGCAGGACAGGAUGACUGGGACGACUACGAGCGAGGCGUGGCUCCCCCAAUAGCAUCCCGACCCGACUUUGGGGCACAGCAACGAGGCAAUAACUCAAAGCUUGCCUCUGUCCUGGGCGUCAAUCCCGGUCUAGAGCCGCACUCACACCGCGGCGGUAACAGAAACCACGACGUCGUCUCUGAUCUGCGCGACAUCGGGUAUCUGCCCUCUGCCCCCUCAUCGUCAUCCUCGCCAUCAUCGAGCCGCAUGCGCAUGCCAAACGUCGGGCCUCCUUCGGCCGGCACCGGUCCCCGUAGCCCCUCGCCAAAUGGCCCCCAUCGGUCCAUGGCGUCACUUCCUUCCGCUUCUUCCAUGCCUCUGAGCCACUCGUCGUCCUCCAACGACCUCUCUGCUGCUUCAGCAGUCAACGACGCUGAUUGCCCAGUCUGCUUGGAGCCGCUCUCGUAUCGACUCGCGGGAGAGAAGCCUCACGUCGUGCCCAAUUGUGGACACGCGCUGCACAACGCUUGCUUUACGGCAGUCUACGGUCGACCAGACUCCGUGCUUGCUUCGCAGAACGGAGGUAGCAGCCCGCCUGGGAUGUGCGGCGUUUGCCGAAAAGCUAUCGUACUCGGAGGGGAGAUUGAAGGUGGCAGCAGUAAAGGAUCAAAGCUCGCAGGGAUGAUGGGACCAGACAUCAGUAUGAGUCGCAACGUACGGCCUUCUGAUGGCGGUUCUGACGCUGUGGAUCCGGCAACCGACGAUCCAGCCGCUUCUCACCAGCCGAAUGGCAAAGCCUCGGAGUCACCUGCCCGCGUUGCCCACACCCAUAGCCCUGCCGAGUCACCUUCGCCGCGGCAUGGCAUGGUGCAUCCUGCGGUGCGAGUCCGGUCCGAGUACUCUAUCCUUCACCGCAAGGAUCCCACGGGGCAGCAGGGCAAGCAGAAUGUCGUCUGCGUCGUCACAGUCGAGAUGCCCUCUCGACGUCCACCGCCUUCGCCUGAAGAGGAGGAGGCAAAGAAUAGAAUGCAGUGGCGUAACCUCGCCUCUUUCAUCGGUGAGGACAGCGUUGAGCAGCCUGACCCGCCUCACGAACGCGAGGAUACCGGUGAAACUGCGUACGAGCCGAGCGUGGACCAUCACCACAAUCAUCAAGAGGCCAAGGACGAGAGCGGCGAUGAAGAAGGCUUCUCUUUUGGCGUCACUCCUGCGCCAGGAGGCGAGCCACCUUCGAAUCCUCAUGGGCCUGUGCUCGAAGACUUGCGUCAACGCAUCAUCGACUGGAAGGGGCAAACGAUGGAGCGCUUUGGUCCUCUGGUCCUAUACGACUAUCUUGGCGUCAGGCAAGAUGCCAUCGUGAGGCAAUUUUGGGUUUACCUUUUCCACGAUGCACUGCUCUGCGUCACCGAAGAGCGCAAGAGGGAGCGUGGCCUGACGCGGCUGAUGAGCACAGGCAGCAACGGAAGCUCAUCCCAGAAUACCAGCGGAGGACCUCUCGCAAUGCCAUCAGGAGGCGGAGCACGGCCAGGUCUAAAGCUCAAAGGCCGUAUCUGGAUUCGCCAUAUCUCGCGCGUGCAAGAAUCCUCGGUCGGCGCCAACUUCAGCCUCAGCAUUCAGCUCGAUGACGACAGUCUCGAUCACUUCGUUCUCUGUUUCUCGGAGCGCAACACGCUCGACUUGUGGAAGGUCAAGCUCAUCGAGCUCGUCGAUGCGCACAAGCUGCACAACCAUCCCAGACCGCCACCACCCCAGAGCACCGUUUCGAUUGCCAGCAGUAACAUAAAGCAGGGCUUCCAGGAGCUACCCUCCAGCUCUGCAGCGCAGGAUCCAGCCAAUCACGAGUACAGACCUGCCCCAUCGUCACCCAUGGGCCGUCGCUCGACUUCGGGAUCGGUGAUGAGCGGCAAGUCCGGCAGCGUACCCGCAGCCUCGAGUGCUGGCAAUGCCAACAUUGUCGAGAACCUGCGCAGGGCGAGCAAGAUGUUUAACCCGGGCAGCCUUGGCAUGCCCACCGAGCAGCAGUGGUCAGCGUCAGGCGGCAUUGACCCCAGCUUCGCUCCCCCGCCCAUGCUACCGCAUACCCCGCUCGACCUCGUCCUGAUGGUCUCGGUGCCUGUCGUUGUCCAGCAGCAGAGCUCAGGUGUCUCGUCUUCUGCUGCGCUGAAGCUGCGUCUGAUUCGCUCGACGCUCGAGUUCGUUACUUCCCACAUGGGGCCAAGAGAUCGCGUCGCCAUCGUUGCCUUCACCGCGGGCAUCGACGGCGAAGUGAGGCGCACGGCGCUUCUCAACAUCAAGCGAGAGCGCAGUCGCGCCAAGCUAAUCGACUUCAUCGAAGGAAUCGGCAAGCCGUGGGAGGGCGACGACGACGAUCCGUAUCGUGUCGACAGCAACAAGCUUGGCGGGGCGAGCGAGCGUACCGAUACGGUCACUGCACUCAACGUGGGCUUAGACGUCGUCCUGUCUCGCAAGAGCAAGAACCCCUGCACGGGCAUGAUUCUGAUCAACGACACUUCUGACGGCCCUGUACGCGGCCAGAUGGAUCUGGUAAUGGCUCGAGCAGAGGCGGCCAACGUCCCCAUCCACUGCUUUGGCUUUGGCAAGUCGAGCAAUCCCUCUUCGCUCUGGCUCAUCUCCAACCACACCCGCGGCAGCUACACCUUUGUCCGCGAGUGGUACCAGCUGCGCGAGUGCGUAGCAGGGUGCAUUGGCUCGCUCAUGAGCACGGCGCUCGACACUGUCAAGCUCUUCAUUGCUGUGCCUGGAGACAAUCACUUCAAGGUGCGCAAAGUCUCUGGGCCUACUGGUGCAAUCGUGUCCAACUCUGGCAAGGAGGUCGAUAUCGAGCUCGGAGAGCUACGCUUCGGUGAGGUGCACGAGCUCUUCGUAGAGCUGGAGGUCGACUUCAAUGGACUCGUCCCCUUCAUCACGCGCGGGGCUAACGGCGCAAACAGGCAAAGCAUGCGUCGCCCGCACAACGCGCCGGCUAUCGAGCAGGGUUCAGCGACGGACGACUUCAUGCAGCGCCUGGGGCUGUCCAACCUCAGCCUCAACGAUGCCGAAGCGGACGACAAUCUCUUCGAGGCGAACGCAGCAGAUGGUAUGCAGAGCCUCAUUGAGGAGGUGGCCGUCUUCGAGGUCGAUGCAAGCUAUCGCGACCCUGCGGUAGGGGCAUCUCUCGCCCGCCUCAAGAACCCGACUCUCCUCACAAUCGAGGUUGAUGCAAGUGGCAACAAUCCGUACCUGAAUCUCAACGGCGAUGGCGGUAACAUGCCUCCGCCGCUGCCCUCAGACCCGAUCGUCACUCGCCGCCGCAUCGAGAUCCUCGUCUCGGAGAUGAUCACCCGCUCCCUCCUCCUCGUGAGCCGCAAGAACUACACGCAAGCGCUGCGCAUCGUGAACGAGACGCACAAGAUCGUGGAGACGGUUCUGCGCUCCCUUGCGACGGACGAUGUGCUCGCCAUCGGAGCGCCCAGCACCGCAGGUCACGGCAGUAACGGGGCCGUGGAUCGCCGCACCUCGACGAUGACGAAUACCAGUGCAGGUAGCAGUGGCGGUGGACCCGGCUCGGCAUCGACUUACCACCCGCAUCAUCGUGCAGGUGUCCCCUCCCAAUCUUCCUCGCUUGGUGGAAAGGCUCGCACCAUCACGCCUCGCUCUGCUCCAGCACGCCAACGCGCCUUGCUGCAGCGUCAUGCCAUCUCCUCUCUCCUCGCCAUUCUGGAUGACUUGGAGUUGAUGUCCUCCGGUCUGGAGAGCGGGCAGCGGCCCCAGUUCGAGCGAGACGGUAGGAAUGCGGCGGCGCAGCAGGCUAUGAUUUUGAGGGACCAGCAAGCUUGGACUACCAGGACAGCUACGGAGGCGCUGCGCUUCACGAGCGACAAUGGUGCUGCAUUUGCUGCACACGCUUUCGCUGCUUCGAGAGCGUGAGGAUCUGCUUACUGAGAAGGGUGCUGGGCUUGCAAGAAUCUCGUCACCUCAUUGGCGCGCAUCUCAUCGUAGUCGUCACCGUCGCGACACCUCACAAUCCUUACUCUCUCGAUUCUACUCGCUCUUUCACGAAGAUCCUCGCCUCAUGCUCUUCUGUCCACUGUCUCUUACCCCGUCGAUGCCCCUAGUAUUACCUUGGCU